AUGUCGACGUCGAUAGAUUCUUUACAAUCGCGCAGUGGGGUGGUUUUUUGGGUCACUACUAUUACCUUUAUCCUUGCGAGUAUAUUUGUGGUGGCGAGGUUGUUUUUUGCAUUUGGUUUAACCUUCUCAAUUGAUUAUGCAACAACUAAAGGCUUGGGAAGGUUUGAUGGUGAUAUCAAGGACGAAUGGCGUCCUGGCUUGAAGAAAGCGGAAUAUGCAUUCACGGUACUUUAUAACCCAUGUUUGAUGGCGACCAAAACUUCAAUUCUCAUCUUCUACCUUCGCAUGAGUAAAGAUACCCAAAAACUAUUGAGAUGGGCUUCAGGAAUCACGCUUGCCGUUGUCUGUCUGGAUGGUAUAGUCCUGACCUUUGUCAAUGCAUUUCAGUGUAGACCUGUUUAUGCUGCGUGGAGGACAGGCGGGGAUGGGAAAUGUCUUUCAAUCAUCACCAUCUAUCUAGCAUCAGCUCCUGUGAAUAUCAUUACAGACUUAGCCAUAUUGGUUCUACCAAUCCCUGUUCUCACUGGAAUGUUCCUCCCGCAAAGACAAAAAGCGAUACCUGGUAUUUACAUUCUCCUUGGGAAUUUUCGUUGCAAUUGUCGAUGUGUGAGGAUAUAUUAUUUACAGCAAGCCUCGAACAACUUUUUAACAUCGGUUUUGGUUCACUCGAAGCUGGGCGCCGGAGCUGAUUUUGCCUACAAUGCUUCACUAUCAUUUAUGUGGUCCGCCGUCGAAGUUAACAUUGGAAUUGUGUGUGCUUGUAUUCCUACUCUAAAGCCACUCGUCAAACGAAUAUUACCAGCGAUGAUUUUGGACCGAGCAUCCGGGAGAAGAGGUUCACGCACCCAUACAACAGAGAAAUCCGGGUCGAUGAGUCCUCAAAAUGGCGGCGAUGUUCAAUUAGAUACUGUAAACAAUAUGCCACCAUCAACAACCACUCCGUUUCCCCUGGUGUCCGAUGCUUCCCCUUCGCCAUUAUCAGAUACUCAUCCUGGGGGGCAUCGAGAAGAUAUGGAAGAGGAAGAACUCAGCAUGGCAGAAUUUUUAACAGCUCCUACAGGUUUCGGCUUGCAAACUUUGCGACGAAAUUCUACAGCACGUACAACCAAUACCACUUACUUUGGAUUUGUCAAUAUGAGAGUUCCCAAGACGAUGAUGAAGACGCGUGGAAAGGAAGCUCUCAAAUAUUGCAUCAUGGUGACGAUUCUCUUCUUCCUUUGGGGUUUCUCGUACGGAUUACUCAAUAGAUUAAAUGACGAAAUUGCAAUACUAGCCAACUACUCAGAGAGCGAAACCAUAGGAUUAUCUGCUGCAUAUUUUGGAGGAUACGUAAUCGGGGCCCUAACAGUGGGGCAAUGGGUUUUGAGACAUAGUGGGUUCAAAGCUACAUUUAUUUCGGGACUUUGUAUUUACGGGACUGGAACAUUGAUGUUCUGGCCUUCGGCAGUUUUAACAUCAUUUACUGGAUUCAUCCUCUCCAGCGUAGUGGUUGGAUUUGGUUUAUCCAUUUUAGAAACUGCCGCAAAUCCAUUCCUGGCUUUAUGUGGUCCGACUCAAUAUGCUGAAUUCAGAUUAAUGCUUGCCCAGAGCAUACAAGCUGUCGCAUCACUUGUUAGUCAAGUUCUGGCGGAGAAGGUCCUUUUUAGAGGAGUUCGAAUUGAGAAUGAAAAGCAUUUAACUUUGAUUGAUGUUCAAUGGACCUAUCUCGCCAUUGCUCUUUUCACCGUCAUUCUCGCUCUCUUUUUUUAUUAUAUGCCUCUACCCGAAGCCAGCGAUGAGGACCUUCAAGCACAAUCAGAUCUUCUGGAAAUAUAUCCAACAAGGAAGUUACCCUGGACCGGCACAUCGAUCAUUUAUACGACACUGGUCUUUGGUGUUAUAUCGCAACUCUGCUACGUUGCUGCACAAGAAUGCGUAUCGGAAUUCUUCAAGCCAUUAUUAAUUUCCUAUGUUCCUAGUUCUACGAGUUUCAAAUCCGUCUUCACAUUAGAUGAUGAUGAAGAUUAUCUCCUAUUAGGACAUGGACUUUUUGCCAUUGGACGUUUCGCCUUUGCACCACUUUGUUUGAUGUUUCCACCACGAAUUCUCUUACUCAUGUGCUUCUCAUUUCUUACCUUAUUCUCGGCUUUCAUCUUCCCCAUCAAUGACAUGUCACCGUCUUUCCUUGCUGCAUCCUCUCUCUUAGUGUUCUUUUUCGAAGGACCCAUUUUCCCACUAGUCUUUUCAUUGACCAUUCGCGGUAUGGGAAAGGAUACAAAGUGGGCAUCAGCAUGGAUUGUGGCGUCGGCGACUGGUGGAAGUGUAUUUGUAUUUGUUACUUUUGGUGUGCAGAAAAUUCACACUGUACAAUAUUCUUUUGUAAUUAUUUUUGUGUUAUUUUUGGUAGGGUUAUUAUAUCCUGUGUAUUUAAAUUUUGGGGGCAAGGGCGUACGACAUCAGGUUGAUCCGAAAGCUAUGAGAAUGGGUGGACGGUUUUGGAACGGCAAUGGAGGAAGUGAAGAAGAUGGACAGGAAAUAAGGGAUAAUUCAGCCGAGAGAUCGGAUGGCGCUCUUCGAAGAUUAAGUCGUAGGGUGUCUAUUCUAGUUCGAAAGAUUAGCCCUAGUGGGAGGAAAUGCAGUGGUGAAUUGCCCAUAGUAGAGCAUAGGGAAACGAGAGAUAGGGAAGAUAAUAGCGGAUAA